AUGUCAGUCCAGACGAGCCAGAAGACCACGACCACCUACCGGACGGUCAACUUGGCCUCUCCGGAGCCGGUGACGCGCACCGUGAUCUCCGGCGGCCAGGUGUCUCCGGUGUCUCCAAUGUCUCAGCUGUCGCAGGUGUCUCCGGUGUCUCAGGUGUCGCAGGUGUCGACGCUGCCUUACGCGCUCAACGGCUCGUACGAGUCGGUGCGCUACCUGGUGCCGAUGCAGCAGGCCGUCCAGCAGCAGUCCUACGUGCCGGUGCAGCAGGCGGUCCAGCAGCAGUCCUUCGUGCCGGUCCAGCAGGCCGUCCAGCAGCAGUCCUACGUCCUGAUGCAGCAGCCGAUGAUGCAGCAGAUGGUUUCCCCGGUGUACCUGCAGACGUUGCCGCGUCUGAGCGUCAGCAGCCUGGAGUCGGACCUGAUGUACCAGCAGAACACGGUGGAGAGCAUCAGCGGGAAAUCUUCGUCGGUGUUCAGCCAGUCGUCCAGUCCCAUCAAGAGCCCCGAGCCCAGCGUGGAGGAGGAGUGUUUCAGGAAGCACCAGCUGGAUCCCAGCAACGACUACAAGGUGGACAAGCAGGAGGUGGAGGCUUUGAUUCCUAAAGGAGCCACUGAACUGACCAAACAACAAAUGCGCUACCUGCUGCAGACUCGUCUGACUGCAGAUAAAAGCAUGCGUCUGCUGCUGUCCACCUUCAGCAGCCUGAGAGAGGAGCUUCUCCACAUGUCCGAGGACCUUCGGCGUCUGGAGAGCGAGAAGGAGACUCUGGAGAGAGAUCUGAGUUUCAAAGCCGACCAGGCUCGGCAGUACGACUGUCUGCUGGAGGCCGUCCGAGAAAACAACAGACAGCUGCAGGCAUCUCUGAAGGAAACCAGCGCCACCCAGCGUUCCCUGGAGAGCCAGCUCAUGACCAGCCGAAACACCGACUCGGGCCGCGAGUUCAAAAUCAAAGAGCUGGACGGAAGGCUGAGAGCGCUGGAGAAGGAGAACGAGAUGCUCCGACAGAAGCUGGCAGGUCAGGCCAGCAGCUCCACCCUGCAGGUCAAAACGGAGGAGCUGUCACGCCAAUACAACGACCAGCUCAGCGCCAUGAGGCAAGAGAAAGACCAGGAGAUACAGAGGCUGAGGACCCAGAUGACGAAGAUCCAGACGGAGGUCACCACCCAACACUCGUCCUCGGAAAAGAGUCUUCAGCUGAAGAUCUCCGAGCUGCUCUCCAUGUUGGAGCAGCGGCAGACGGUCGUCACCCGCCAGGAGGAGGAGAUCAGAAAGCUGAUGCAUGAGAGGAACGACAGCUCCAAGAACGUCACCAAGACCAUCAUCACCAAGAGGUACAGGAACCAGUAUCCCAUCCUCGGCCUGCUCAGCGACGACUACCAGGUGACCUCGCCGGUCAAAGAAGCCAAAACCAUCGUCAUCGAGAGAACCGGAGAGAUGAUCAAACAGGAAAUCAUUACAACCCCUUAAAGACACACUGCUUCUCUCCGACAGGAAUGAUUGAACGACAACGAAGACCCAGACGUCACCCAUCCUCCCCCCCUGCAUGCUCCUCCCCCUCCCCUCAGGGCUCCCAGGGUUGGUGGUGGUCUCCCCCCUUUGAAUCUGUAAAUUUGGGAUCUUAUGGUUUGACCAAAUUGGGUUUGUUUGGGGUGACAAGUGUUGUUUUGGGGUUAUUUUUGUUGAUAUAUAGUCGAAAAAUUAAAAGGGAACCAAUAAUCAAAGAGCAAGUCUGUUGAGACGAUGCUGCAGCCAGAUUCAGGUGGAAGUGAUGAUCAUGACAACUGGGAACUGGGUGAGAUCUGAGCUGGACAGAUUCUCCUCUCGUCUCACCUUCACAUCAGUUUGGAACAUCUCAACAAAUCUCAACUAACCAAGCUGGAAGCAAAUGUGCUGAAAGGUCUAAUUUAACUCUUGUUUUGACUGAAGCAGCACAUAUAAUAUUCCGUCAAAACUACAUAUAUAUUCACUAUUUUGAAAUACACUUGCACCUCAUCAGCACAGUCGGGUUGGGAACUGUAAUAUGUCGCACUUGGUGGAAUCACUGAAGCGGUGAUUCUGCAAUAUACUGCAAAACAAUCUCCUGUGGUACAUCGCAACGCUGGCAGGAAACAUCCCGGAAAUGGCCCAGAUUUGUAGUGAAGACUGUAACAACUGUUGCUUGACUUGAUUCAAUUGUUUUGAGUUUUAAUUAAACCACCACAAAAAAACAAGCUGCAGCUUUGCGUGGGUGUCGCAGGAGGUUGUGUUGUGAUAUAUUGCUGUAUGGAUUACGUCCCAUCCCGACUUGGCAGAUGAGCCAACAGGCUACGGUGGGUUUGCAUUUGGCUCCACAUGGACGUCGUCUUCCCUGGAUUCGGAAGAGAUUCCCCCAAAAUACUUGGAUGGAAAUGGUUUUCUAAAUAAAGCAGAAUACCCUCUAGUUUCCUCAGGUUUCAGCACGUUACCGACUCACUGCAACGUAAAUGAAGAAGGAAAUGUUACGAAAGUCACAGAAAGGCAUUGGUUUGAAUGUAAACACUAUAGGUACAACUAUACAAUCUGAAGCAACACCUCAAACACAUGUUCUACCUUUAUGAAGCUUGUAACUGACAGUUUUGGUUCUGAAUAUUCUUCGUGUUUGCAAAUGGUGUCGGCAGAACCCUCGAUGUAAAGCAGUCCAGCUCAACACUGCUGGAAACCCCAACGUAGCUCCAUUGGUAGAGUUUUCAUGCAUCUUGCAGCAAAAUGCAGCUGAAACUGUUCAAAUGCAGCAAAUAUCCAGAGCGCAACAAGAGGCCAGAGCAAACUGCUUCAUUAUAAAGCCCUUUACUAUGCAAAGUUUAGGUAAGACGCUCCGAUAAAGGUGAAGAACUGUCGACACAUUGGUCUGUUUGUACAGUGAAGCCGUGUGCUCCAGCUUCCUGUUGUACUCUGGAUAUUCGCUGCACUGGUUCUACUUCAUUUUGCUAGAAGAUGCAUGAAAACCCUUAUUUAUUGAACUGCGUUUGGUAUUGAGGUUGUAGUUUUCAGUGGUGUCGAGCUGGACUGCGUUAAACUGACAUGAUUCUGCCAACUUUAUUGGCAAACAUGAAGAAAAUUCAAGACAAAAAUGGUCAAUUACAGGCUUCAUACAGACAGAAGAUGUGUCUGAAGGCUGGAUCACUUUGGAUUAUAGAGGUGGAACUAAUCAAAUGGUCAGCGAAUGGCACAUAGCGUAUACAUUUAUACAGUAUACAUUUACAAUUAGUUAUCGCUCUGUGUCAAACACAACUGAACGUUAUCGCUGUUUAAUGGCUGAACAGCUGCAUUAGAAUCUACAGCUGGACCUAAACAGGAGACCAGUGAUGGUCUAGGUUUGAUACUACCGAUACUUUGAGCGAUACAAACAUGUCCAGCAAAAGUCCAUUUGACUAAAACAGAAGCUUAAACAUAAGGCUUUGUCUGAGCACAUGCAGCUGUAUGAAAGUUAUCAUUUAGUCUUUAUGAUUAAAGAUCGGAUCAACGAGUCCACGACACGUUGUUGUUGUGCUAACGUUCGGUACUCGCUCUACUUUCCAAUACAGUUUGUCUUCUAAACAAAGAAUCUAAAGCUGAACAGCUGCAUUUGAAUCUGCAGGUAGACUUGAACACGAUGGUGCAAAUUUGAUUGUUUUUGGUGCAGACACUCGUGAAACUUUGAGCAAAAUAAAGAUGUUGUGCAAAAAUCUAUUUAGUAAAAGAAGCCUCAAAUGAAAACCUCUAAACACAUGUAACUGUACGAGAGAUUAGCCUUAAAUCUGCAAAACAAUCGAUUAAAACUCAGAUUAACGGGACGACAAACCUGCAACAUGUUGGUUAAGACUAGAGUUCGACACCCAGCUCGGUUACAAAUGUGUGAAUAAUCCGCGACAACUUGUCGUCUUAACAAAGAAUUUGUGGCUCAACAUUAAAAUCUACAAGUGGACCAAAGCAAGAUGAUGCUGAUUUGAUGUUCUGGUGCAGAUGAUAGUGAUGCUUGAAGCGACACAAACAUGUUCUGCAAAAAUGCAUUUGACACAAGAAACCUCAAACGUAAAGCUUUGUGUUUAAAAUCUGCAAAAUCAGUAAAUAUGAUUAAAAACUGGACUCAAAUGUGCAACAUGUUGGUUCACACUGGAGUUCGAUACGCAGCAAAUUGGUGACUUUCCCGCUAUAACGUGCAAAAAAAACGGCCAUUUAUUUUAUAGUUGUCAGAGCAGGUUGACUUGAAGAUCUUGUUGGUCGCUAGAUUUCCCCAGUAGGGGCUCGCUGAAGGGAAGACGAGGUGCCGUCGUGGAACCAAACAUGUUAACACUCCAGCAACGCUCAGCUUCCAGUUGUCACUGAUGCACACCGAGCUGGCAGCACGUAGCACGAGAUCCUCCUCAAAUCCACCACAGCCUGCGAGCCCGGGGGACGAGGACGUGGAUGCGUUUCCAUGUUUGCUACUCUGCAUGUAAAUAUGUCUGUAUAUUUGUACGACGGGAAUGUUUCGGCCCCGUGUGACUGUAGAGCAGCACUCCUGCUUUGUGCUUUCAUUUGACGAACAUUUUGGGGGAAAAAACAAAUGUUCUGAUCGGGUAGUUUUGCUUCUUGUAGUUCGCUGUGUACUUUUUUUUUAACCCCGAGGUUUGUGCAUGGGUCCACAUGUUAGCUCCAUCAUGUGUUUGUUCUGUGUAUGGAUCUGAGUCGAUGUCUCACAUCCAUGAGAGGAAAAUGCUGAAAAAGCGUCUCCCAUGGGUGUAACACAUCGCCGUGGGAGGGCGGGGGGCAGCGAUGUGGCCGGAGCAUGACUCUACGGGGGUUUUUGAUGGUGGAAGAAUACUUUAAAAGCACAAUAUUAUGUAAAGUGUAGAUCUGUGUCUGAGUUUCUCUGCUGGUUUCUGUUCAGGCUUUCGUGUCCACUGGGCGGCGGUACAGAAAACAUGAAACCUCAGACUCCUUUCUGUGUAUUUAUUAUCACUUUGCAAAGCUUCAAAAAAGCUGUUUACUAGUUUUUUUCCUGCAGAAAAACAAGCAUUUUUUGUGUGGUUUGUCUUCCAAACCCGCCUUCUCUGCAUCGCAUACGUAAUGAAGUGGUGAUAUUGUAGCUGUACGGGACACAAGACACCAGUAAUCACUCUGCAUGUUUGAACCGAUUUCCUUCAGUACGUGUUUGAAUAUGCAGCCUUCUUCCCACUUUUGUUAAGUGGCUGAUUCUUAGAAACAGCACCUCAAACUAUACAUAUCUUGCUGUACCUGACAUUUCCUUUAUAUCUGGUAUAUGUGUGGGAAAGAUGAACAGAAUACUGAAAAAAAUGUAGUCGGUGAGCAGGCCGAUUGUUUUGGUGGCAUUUCCAUCAUGGAUUGAUCCUUGUUGAAGUUUUUUUAAAGCGUAUAUCAGUCGUGCAUCGUGCUCAAAGCUAGCAUGGUUUAUUUCUACAGCAGCUACGGUGUCAGGAUGAGUUUUACAGUGAAUUCAGCUUUACAUGGCACCAGAUAAAGGUUCUGUAUCUGGUUUAACAGCUCCAGUUUCCUGCUCGUUUAACGAACACAGAAAGCGUCGGGCGUUCUGCACAAACAUUGGCCCUGAACGUCUGAUCUGACAGAACACAGCUGCCCACUGGACACAAAGCCACAUUUCUGUAGGAAGCCUGUUAAGAUGUGUUGAUGCUGCGGAGCCUCAAGUGCCUUCAUGCGUUUACCGCGUUAGCAAGCCAAUGUCAGCAUCAUCAUCUGGUCCAAACCCUGCUCAUUGCUCCAGGGGUUUCUCCAGACGAAGGACUUCAUUUGCUUGCUGCCUCGGUAAACUUUAAGAAAUCCUGCCUUUCUCUUUUCCAACAGAGGUUUAAUUGUAUGUUCAGCUAAAUUAACUGCUUGUAACUAAUAUGCAAAUAGAUAUGUCUAAUUAUUCUGUAUUUUGGUUAUGCGAGCGAUUUUCUCUUUCAGUCCACGAGGCUUCGGGGCUGCCAGCCCGACUAGGCGUUUGAUUAAAGUCAGAAAUAUUUCUUUGCAAAGGUG